AUGGACUUCCAAAAAGUUUUCAGGAAAUUGGCCUUUGAGAUGGUCAUGAUCAAAGUCAAGAAAAAGAACCAGAGAAAAGAUUACAAAGAGUUUGCCAACAGGCCAGCCAGAAGCACAACUUCUGGUGGAACAAGUACAGCCUCCAACACUGAAUCCAGUGUGACCUACAGUGAUUUCAGCACAACCUCCAAUACUGAAUCUAGCACACCCUCUGGAGGGACCAGCAUACCUGUCAACACUGGAUCCAGCACGACCUCUGGCAAGACUAGUGCAACUUCCCAAGUUAGACCCAGUGUGACCUCUGGUGGGUCUGGCAUAACCUCCAAUACUGAAUCUAGCACAACCUCCAGAGGGAGUAGUACACCUGUUAAUACAGGAUCCAGUGAAACCUCAAGUGGAAGCAAUACAAUCUCCAACACUAGAUCCAGUAUAACUUCUGGUGGGAACAGCAUGCCUGCCAAUACUGGUUCUAGUAUAACCUCUAGUGGGACCAGCAUAGUCUCCAGUACUGGAUCCAGUACAACCUCCAGUGGGACAAGCACAGCUGCCAGCCCUGGAUCCAGUGAGAUCUCCAGUAGGACCAGUAUAGCCUUCAACACUGGAUCUAGUGUGACUUCCAGUGGGACCAGCACAGCUGCCAACAUUGUAUCCAGUGAAAUGACAGGAAGCUCUGGCACACAGUCUCCAACUGGAAAACACACAACUCCCAAUGGCACAAGUGCUACUACUCCAGUGAAUGAAGUGACACCCAGUGGGUCCCUGAAACCAUGGGAAAUCUUCCUCAUUACUUUGGUCUCAGUUGUAGUGGCUGUGGGAUUCUUUGCUGGGCUCUUCUUCUGUGUGAGAAAUUCCCUGUCUCUGAGAAACGUCUUUGACACAGCUGUCUACCGCCCUCAUGGGCCCAACCUUGCCAGGGGCCCCGAAGGGUAUCACGGAGUCGACCACAGGCCUAGUUGGAGGCGUAACUGGUUCUGGAGGAGGCCAGUAUCCUCAAUAGCCAUGGAGAUGAGAAGGAGAUACAAUGGGCCCUAA